GCGCCUCGAGCGUCCCCGUCUAGCCCUUGACCAAUCGUCCACUAGACGCAACAUGUCGAAACAGCUCGUGUGGUUCAUUACCGGUGCCUCUACCGGAUUUGGGCUCACCCUGACAAAACGAAUUCUCGCUCGCGGGGACAGCGUUGUGGCCACCGCUCGGACCCUCAGCCGCUUUGAUCCUCUGCUCUCGGAUCCUAACACCGAUCUGAAGCGCAUCCAGGUGCUAGAGCUUGAUGUCACGUCUCCAUCAUCUGUCAUACAGGAUGUUGUAAAGACUGCGAUCGGUCGCUUCGGUCGUAUCGACGUAGUUGUGAACAACGCAGGGACUGGCGGUGGUGUCGGCCCAAGCGAGGAACUAGGCCUUGACCUCAUGAUGAUGGUGAUGAAGACGAACUACGGGGGAACUAUCGCCGUGACGGACGCUGUCCUUCCGUACAUGCGCGAGCGGCGGGAAGGCACAGUCGUCAUCAUAGGCAGCAGAUCAGGGUACCGCAACGAAUUUCUGGGUCCUGCCGCCUAUUGCGCGUCAAAAGCUGCCGUACACUCGUACGGCGAAACGCUCUCGGCGGAGGUAGCAGAGUUCAACAUUCGCGUCACCGUGGUCGUCCCGGGCGCAUUCGACACCGGUCUAGCGCUCCCCCUCGUCGGCACGCCCAUCGCAGACUAUGAUCGCGCGCGCGAGGUGCUGCGUAAACGCGUCGAGGACCGAAAGAACAUGCCGAUCCAGGGAGACCCCGUGAAGGCCAUGGACGCGCUCAUGGAUACAGUGAAAGGCGAGGGGAAAGCCGCGGGCAAGGGGAAGCCGCCCUUGUGGUUAUUCUUGGGCAGCGACUGCUUGGUGGAUGUGAAAGCGCGGGCGGACAAGUUGAAAAAGGUAGUGGAUGAGUGGGCGGAUGUGGGAACGGGGCUUGAGAAGGAUUGAUGGUGUGUAGACGUUUCGCUGCG